AUGGAAAAGACAAACAGUGUCCAGCAGGGCUCACCAGGAGUUACAAUCCGACUGCUGGCCGGUGGCAUUGCGGGAGCAGCGGAGACUAUGAUAACUUAUCCGUUUGAGCUGGUCAAAACUCUUCGGCAGCUCCCUAGAAGCAGCAUCAGAGACUUUCACCCGCCGUCGUCCGUUUCCCUCCUUCAGUCCACUCUCCGCAGCCAGGGCAUAUUGGGACUAUACGCGGGCUGCACGGCUCUCGCAACCAGCAACGCACUGAAAGCGUCGAUCAGGUUUUUCGCCUUCUCCAGUAGUAAAGGCUGGUUGCAAUCCGUUGGCUUCGUCAAUGAGAAUGCAGCAACGAUGUUGGCUGGCGUCACGGCCGGGACUGCAGAGUCGGUUCUUGUUGUUACGCCCGCGGAGGCCCUGAAGACGAGAAUUAUCGAGGCCAAUAAACGCGGCCCCGAGGUUGCGAAGCCAGGGACGGCGAGGAUGGCGAGGGAGCUUAUAGAAAAGGACGGUAUCGGGGCAUUCUGGAGAGGCACGGUGCCGGUAGUAGGUAAACAGGCUGUGAAUUCCACAGUCAGGUUCACGACGUUUGGAGUGCUACAGGGGGAGGUUGCGAAGCGAUGGCCUGAAGCCGCCGGGAAUAUGAGCACGACGCUGGCGAUGGGAACCCUGAGUGGGAUUGUGACGGCAUACUGCUCGAUGCCAUUCGAUAACAUCAAAACUCGCAUUCAGAGUGCUGGCCACACGCAUAUUGGUAUGUUUGAUUGUGCGGCAGAUAUGGCGCGGAGGGAGGGACUCAGGACCUUUUGGCGAGGUACAACACCACGUCUGAUGCGCUUAAUGCUGUCAAGCAGCAUAACAUUCACAGUAUAUGAACAAUUUGUCCAAUUUGUUAGUUGA